AUGAGUACGUCCCAGUUGAAGCUAUCGCUCAAGGAUGUCAUACCGACACACCCAGAGCCGUACCCACCGCAAUUAAUAUCGUUCGCAGAUUACUUGUACCUGUUGAGCUUGCAGAAGAACCCGGUACUACCUAAUCGAGCAGAGAUCGCUAGAUGCCAUUUCUGUGCAUAUUUGGCAGCAGAGAAAUACCAGCGGUCGUUGAAGCUACCAGAGCCGUCUGUGAGGAAGAUACCCGUGCAGCCCAAGCUAAUUGAUAAGUUCUUGGACGAUUUUCGGGUUACGUUGUUGAAUCAGGAGAGAUCGGCCAGUGCUAGUCCCACCACUAGUCCAACAAAGAGACGAACACAGCGAACGCUGAAUUUCACCACGCCUACGUCGUCACCAUCGAAAAUAACGAAGCUAUCGCCCAUGAAGCACACCACCCCCAAGAUCAGCUCUCCGUUGAAGAAGUUGCAGGCGUUGCGAGAUCAGGAGCUCAAGCAGGCUGGCCCCGACUCGACACCCGCAUCGCUGGACAUCAACGACGAAGAAUCGAUAUUUAACCAGAAAGAGGCGUCGGAGGCUUCUGAAUCGGUUCCCAAUACUCCAUCCACACCCACCACAAAGUACGUUAAGCGACAGAUCACCAUCGCCGACUUCAUCUCGUUUGCCAAUAAUUUCUUCAUUCCCGCGUCGAUCACCCCCAAGAUGGUCGAGUCGUUUGUCUCACACAAGCACAAGUUCACCAAGAAAAACGAAUGGCUCCUAGCCUGUGGCAUGAUUAAUGCAGCGUAUGUGCGGAUCAACCACCAGUUGCUCCAAAAAACCAUCGGGGCCAAAUCUCAAUUCCAGAACCAGCUCUUCCAGUACCAAAAGGGCGGUCUCAUGCGGUGGAACAUGCUCUUGUGGUGCAAUAUAAUCGAAGACGCCAUUAAGGAUGAACCAUGGAUAUCGGAGAUAGAGCAGAACUAUAUAUUUGGUAAGUCUCCGCUACACGAAGACAUAGAGAAGCGAGAAAUUGAUGCAAAAUUAGGACCAGGUUGGGAAUUAUUCGAGCGUUUCGGCUCAAUGUCCCACCCAAAUGUCCAGUUUGAUUCCGACCCGCAGAACCUCUACCAUCAUACAUGGACAAACAACAUCAUCUCACAAUUGGAUAGUUAG